AUAUAAUUAAUAUUUUAAAUAUUUAAUUUAGUCUUUUUUUAUCAAAAUAAAAAUAUAUUAAAAUGUCGAGAGAGUCUUGUAGAAGGUUCGUGGAUAUGGCCGUUGUGAACCGAAGUUGGAGGAAAGGCAAAGCUAAAGCCACCUCCGACGGUUCGAGCUCACGUGGUUCUCAAGGAAGACACUUUGUCCCUUCCUUCCCUACUAUCCCUGAUCAAUUCGUGGGCGACGCUUUGACGGAUCAAGAACUUGAACAUUAUUUAGGAGGUAGAACUGACGCCAAUCUUCAAACUCUUGAAGAUAUAUUCGAGGACAUUGAUGAAGCAGAAAUAGUCGUGGAGCCUACACUACAGAACAACAAUCCUACCGACGUCGACGAGGAGGCAGGUGAGUCCGAGACCUCUCAAGGUGCGGGGAAAGGUAUUUCUUCCUCGGAUGCCUGCGCAUCCGAGGAAUCUUCAACCUCCUUUUCUUCGACCGGGUCCUCUUUAUCCAGCUUCGAGACCUGGUCAGGCCCCAACACCACCGUCCCUGAACCGCAACCUGUUAACCAGAUGCCCAGUCAGGUUUCUCAGGAGAGGGGUGAACCGGUUGACGAUGAGCCGGCUCCCUAUGACCCUGACAGCGAGUCGUACGAGGGAUGGGUGAACCGGCUCGAUGCCGCCGGUUAUUCUCCUCUCCCUUCCAGCUACCCGCUUGACAUCUACCCCCGGGUCUCUAAGACUGCCCAGAACAAAGCCCGUAGGAAUCUCCCGGAGGGGUAUGUCCUUGAAUACGACCCUAACUGGCGCAAUAUCAUCGAGCCUCACCGGGACGAUAGGGGCCGUAACGGUCGCCAAUUCAUUUUUGACCUUCCACAAAGCAACCGGCUGUGGAAGGAAAAAUUUGUCUUUAUAAAAUUCCCCACCGUUUCCCCUUUGGCCGGCAUAAAGUGGAGUGACCACCUUUUGAAACCGCAAUACACUGAGCCGGCUAACGCUCCAGACUUUGAAGAAAGUUUGGAGAAACUCUUACAAGGGGACCCGUUCACCGGGCAAAUGUUCCAUUACGUGGCCUGGAUUUGGAGGAUCUCACCGGGUGGCAUGGGUACCCCCCGGGCUGAUGAAGCAGCGGGGCACGGGGUACCCGCCCCGGGCAACACUGCGGAAGCUGAGGGUUCCAGUCACCCAGAGAUGAACUUCAGAGCAUUCAACAUCCCCACCAAGAAGACCGGUGGCUCCUCCUCUGCUGCCCCAAGAACCGUACCGGUGCAACAGGAGCCGGUGGAGAUCAACUCCGAGGAGGAAACUCCUCCGACCGGCCAGGCCGGGAGGACCACAGUAAACCCUCCCAUAGACAAAGGGAAGGGGAAGGUCCGAACCAAGCACGCCGCCACUACCCACCCCUCGGCAAAGAGGAGGAGGGGAGAAAGUGUCCUGGCCACAGAGUCGCUAGAGGAGCUCUGGGUCAAGAUGGGGCGAAAGCUAAAAGAGGUAACAUCCGCCCGAUGGGCGAGGACCUUGGGGAAGCUUGCCGAGGACUCCCCUUCCCGGUCACUUCAGUUGGAGGAAAAGCUGAAGAGGCUUGAAGCCCACAACCGGGAGCUUCAAGACCUGACCGCCCGGCAACUUGACGAGAUGGCCAACCUCUCGGCGGUUGCCGGUAGGGCGAACGCGGAGGUCCUCCAGCUGAAGGAGGAGAACUCGCUGCUGAUGGGGGAGGUCUCCCACCUGAAGGAGGAGGCGUGGGUGAAGGAGCAAGA